CACGGCCUGGCAGGAGGAAGGAGAGGAGGAGGAGGAUGGUGUGACACAGCCAGGGGUGGGACAAUGCUCUGCUGUCACCUGAGGGGGUGACAGCCGCGUUGGGGACAGGCCCCCAGCGUGGCGCCCUGCACGUGGCAGCGCCGUGGCCGCGCUGCUGGCACCGGGAAUUGGCACCGUGGUGACAUCGCCGCUGCUGUGACACGGCGGGGCCAGCGGCUCCCUGCCCGCGGCCAGCGGCCCCCGGAGCCUGCGCUCCAGUUGCUGUGGUAUCCAGGGAGCCCCCCUCCUCCUCCUCCUCCUCCUCCUCCUCCUCCUCCCGCUGCAGGAGCUGCACGCCGGGCGUUGCUAAGGUCGCCUCCGCGGUAACAUGCACAUCCUGUUUACACCUUCAUCCCGACAACUUGGGCUCGGAUAGAGCCGCCCGUUCCCCCCGGGAAGCCCCCAGGGAAAGGGGCCGCACGGAGCAUCCCCCGCCGGAGCCGCCGGAGCCGCGAGCGAGGCCGCCCCAGGAGCGCCGCGCCGGUGGCACCGUCACUGUGACAAGAUGACGAACAACGUGGCCGACCACCACCCCGGGAACUCGGUGGCCGAGGGCAACCAUGAGGGGGACUUUGGGUGCUCCAUGGUGGAGCUCAGGAACCUCAUGGAGCUGAGGAGCGCCGAGGCCGUGGCCCGGCUCAACGACUCCUAUGGUGGCGUCCAGAACGUCUGCAAGAGGUUGAAGACGUCGCCGGUCGAAGGCCUGUCCGGGAACCCCACGGACCUGGAGAAGAGGCGUCAGGUCUUCGGCCAGAACUUCAUCCCCCCAAAAAAGGCCAAGACGUUCCUGCAGCUGGUGUGGGAGGCGCUGCAGGACGUGACGCUGAUCAUCCUGGAGAUCGCAGCCAUCAUCUCCCUGGGGCUCUCCUUCUACCACCCCCCGGGAGGGGACAACGAGCUGUGCGGGCAGUCCGCGGGCGGCGUGGAGGACGAGGGCGAGGCUCAGGCGGGCUGGAUCGAGGGCGCUGCCAUCCUCUUCUCCGUCAUCAUCGUGGUGCUGGUGACGGCCUUCAACGACUGGAGCAAGGAGAAGCAGUUCCGGGGCCUCCAGAGCCGCAUCGAGCAGGAGCAGAAGUUCACGGUGAUCCGCAAGGGCCAGGUGAUCCAGAUCCCCGUGGCCGAGAUCGUGGUGGGGGACAUCGCCCAGAUCAAGUACGGUGAUCUCCUGCCAGCGGACGGGAUCCUGAUCCAGGGCAAUGACCUGAAGAUAGACGAGAGCUCGCUGACCGGGGAGUCAGACCAGGUCAAGAAAUCAAUGGAUAAAGACCCCAUGCUGCUGUCAGGUACCCACGUGAUGGAGGGCUCGGGCAGGAUGGUGGUGACUGCCGUGGGCAUCAACUCCCAGACAGGGAUCAUCUUCACCCUCUUGGGAGCAGGAGAAGGCGACGAGGAGAAGAAAGUGAAGAAAGGUAAAAAAAGCGGAGCCCCCGAAAACCGCAACAAAGCUAAAACUCAGGAUGGUGUGGCCUUAGAGAUCCAGCCCCUGAAGAGCCAGGAGGGGGUGGAAAACGAGGAGAAGGAGAAGAAGAAGGUGAAGGUGCCCAAGAAGGAGAAGUCGGUGCUGCAGGGGAAGCUCACGCGCCUGGCGGUGCAGAUUGGGAAGGCAGGGCUGAUCAUGUCGGCCAUCACCGUCAUCAUCUUGGUGCUCUACUUCGUCAUCGACACCUUCGGGGUGCAGAAGCGGCCCUGGCUGGCUGAGUGCACCCCCAUCUACAUCCAGUACUUCGUCAAGUUCUUCAUCAUCGGCGUCACCGUGCUGGUGGUGGCCGUGCCUGAGGGGCUCCCGCUGGCCGUCACCAUCUCGCUGGCAUACUCCGUCAAGAAAAUGAUGAAGGACAACAACCUGGUGAGGCACCUGGACGCCUGCGAGACCAUGGGCAACGCCACGGCCAUCUGCUCGGACAAGACGGGCACGCUGACCAUGAACCGCAUGACCGUGGUGCAGGCCUACGUGGGGGACACGCACUACCGCCAGAUCCCCGACCCCGAGGCCAUCCUGCCCAAAAUCCUGGACCUCAUCGUGCACGGCGUGGCCAUCAACUCCGCCUACACCUCCAAAAUCCUGCCGCCGGAGAAGGAAGGGGGGCUGCCCAGGCAGGUGGGCAACAAGACCGAGUGCGCCCUGCUGGGCUUCGUGCUGGACCUGAAGCAGGACUACCAGGCCGUGCGCAACGAGGUGCCCGAGGAGAAGCUCUACAAGGUCUACACCUUCAACUCCGUGCGCAAGUCCAUGAGCACCGUGCUGAGGAACAGCGGCGGCGGCUUCCGCAUGUACAGCAAGGGCGCCUCCGAGAUCAUCCUGCGCAAGUGCACCAAGAUCCUGGACAAGAACGGCGAGCCGCGGGUGUUCAAGGUGAAGGACAGGGACGAGAUGGUGAAGAAGGUGAUCGAGCCCAUGGCCUGCCACGGGCUCAGGACCAUCUGCUUGGCCUUCCGGGAUUUCCCUGCGGACGCCGAGCCCGACUGGGACAGCGAGAACGAGAUCCUGUCCGACCUGACCUGCAUCGCUGUGGUGGGGAUCGAGGAUCCUGUGAGGCCUGAGGUGCCCGAUGCCAUCCUGAAGUGCCAGCGCGCCGGCAUCACCGUCCGCAUGGUGACAGGGGACAACAUCAACACCGCCCGGGCCAUCGCCACCAAGUGCGGCAUCCUGCUGCCCGGGGAGGACUUCCUGUGCCUGGAGGGGAAGGAAUUCAACCGGCUCAUCCGCAACGAGAAGGGAGAGGUGGAGCAGGAGCAGCUGGACAAGAUCUGGCCCAAGCUGCGGGUGCUGGCGCGCUCCUCCCCUACGGACAAGCACACCCUGGUGAAAGGAAUCAUCGACAGCACCGUGGGUGACCAGAGGCAGGUGGUGGCCGUGACAGGAGAUGGGACCAACGAUGGCCCAGCCCUGAAGAAAGCAGACGUUGGGUUUGCCAUGGGCAUCGCGGGCACGGACGUGGCCAAGGAGGCCUCGGACAUCAUCCUGACCGACGACAACUUCACCAGCAUCGUCAAGGCCGUCAUGUGGGGCCGCAACGUCUACGACAGCAUCUCCAAGUUCCUGCAGUUCCAGCUGACCGUCAACGUGGUGGCUGUCAUCGUGGCCUUCACCGGCGCCUGCAUCACCCAGGACUCUCCCCUGAAGGCGGUGCAGAUGCUGUGGGUGAACCUGAUCAUGGACACCUUCGCCUCGCUGGCGCUGGCCACGGAGCCGCCGUCGGAGUCGCUGCUGCUGCGCAAACCCUACGGCCGCAACAAGCCGCUCAUCUCCCGCACCAUGAUGAAGAACAUCCUGGGCCACGCUGUCUACCAGCUCACCAUCAUCUUCACACUGCUCUUCGCCGGGGAGAAGUUUUUCGACAUCGACAGCGGCCGGAACGCUCCCCUGCACUCUCCCCCCACCGAGCACUACACCAUCGUCUUCAACACCUUCGUGAUGAUGCAGCUCUUCAACGAGAUCAACGCCCGCAAGAUCCACGGCGAGAGGAACGUCUUCGAGGGCAUCUACCGCAACCCCAUCUUCUGCGCCGUGGUGCUGGGCACCUUCACCGCCCAGAUCAUCAUCGUGGAGUUUGGUGGGAAGCCCUUCAGCUGCUCCGGGCUCACCCUGAGCCAGUGGUUCUGGUGCAUUUUCAUUGGAGUGGGAGAGCUCCUGUGGGGCCAGCUGAUCUCCACCGUCCCGACGAGCCACCUGAAGUUCCUGAAGGAGGCCGGGCACGGCAUCACCAAGGAGGAGAUCCCCGAGGAGGAGCUGCCCGAGGACGUGGACGAGAUCGACCACGCGGAGAUGGAGCUGCGGCGGGGGCAGAUCCUGUGGUUCCGGGGGCUCAACAGGAUCCAGACCCAGAUGGACGUAGUUUACACAUUCCAGACCGGCGCCUCCUCUUUGCAGGGAGCCCUCAGGAGACAGCCUUCCAUCGUGAGCCAGCACCACGAUAUCAAAGUGGUGAAUGCGUUCCGUAGCUCCCUGUACGAAGGCCUCGAGAAACCCGAAUCCAGAAGCUCCAUCCAUAACUUCAUGACUCACCCAGAGUUCAUCCUGGAGGAAGACGAGCCUCGGACACCAUUCCUUGACGGCACCGAAGACGAGCCCGAGCCUGACGGACUCCAAAAGCGAGGUGGGGGCAGCCCGGUGGGGUCGACGGCCCUGAACAGAAACAACAACGCUGUGGACAGCGAGUUCAGCUUCCCAGAGCCCGGGAGCCCCUUCCACAGCCUGGAGACAUCCGUUUGACCUUAGAACUUGGAAUUCCUCCUCCUCCUCCUCCUCCUCCUCCUCCUCCUCCUCGUCCACCUCGGCCCUGUGUGAUCCCGGCAGCAGUAACUGGUCACACGCUGCGGUCACUCCGUGUCAAACUGCUCAUGCCUGUAUCAUCAUCUGGGUUGGUUUAUUUUUUUGGGGGGGUGGGGGGAAAUUAUCUGUUUUUUUCUCUUUUUUGUUUUAUUUUUUUUUUUUUUUUUUUUUUUUUUACCAGUCUUUAGCAGUGGGAACCAGAGUACCACCACGCUGGGUGUUGGGAGAGAGGCUAAGCCAAACAAAAAAAACCAAAAAAAAACCACAGAAUUGUGCAUCUCCAUCCCUGAUUUUUUGUGGUACUCACCCAGGGGAAGCUGCCAGCUUCUUUCCUCUCCAAGAGUUGGGCUCCAGGCACCUGGAGCCAGGGGGUUUUCACUUUGGAAAAAUGCAUGUUCCAAGGAAAUUCAAAUUGUUGUAGUCUUACACGCCCUCAGCCCGAAGGCUGGGGGUACACUCGUGACUUGAUUUUAUUUUUUAUUAUUUUGGUGGGGUUUGUUGGUUGUUUGUUUUUUUUCUCCACUCGUGGUUUUUAGAGGUUUUCUCUUCUAAUGUUGGGGUUUGCUCUUUGCUUGUGGGGUUUGCCCCCUUACCCAGUGGGAAGUGGGAUGGGGCAGUCACCGCUCCAGUGCGAAAAUUAAGGAAUAAACUAAAAAAUCCCAGCCAGAGGAAGGUGUUUACUCCAAGGUUGAGAGAUCCAGGGAUGCCCACCGGUCUUCCACCUUUGAAGAAUGCUACCUGGGUUUUUUUCCAGCUUCCCCUCUGUGUGUGCCCACACGUUUUUCUCUCUCUGUUUCCAAACUGGGAGAUGAGAAAUGAAGUUGGCUUGGCUCUAACCUUGCUGGAGGGGAGAGAUCCAGAUUUUCCUGCAAACGUGGAGGUGAAAUUGCCAGGGAAAAGGUGGAGAGACCCCCCAGUUGUGAGGGAUGCAGUUCCUUCCUGAGGAAUCUUAUGAGAGCUAAAAUUCUCUCUGCUGCUCCUGGUCAGGGGGGAAGCUCUUGGUGAGAGGGUUUUUGCAGCUCUCCCAGCUCCUGCCCUCCAGAGCAGAGGGAUUUUUGCCCUUUUUUCUGUGCUGUCGGGGUCCAGCACCCCUCAGCCUCGCAGUGCUGGCUCCAGGGAAGCGCUGAGGGAUCCAGGAGAUGCCCAAAAGCUGUGGGAGGCUGAGUGGAGAACACUGAGGGCACAGCAGGUCCUGAAUCCUGGGAGAGAUCAAUCCAGCUGAUGAUCCAGAGGAAGGCAGUGAGGCCCAAGGAUAAUCCCUGAUUUUCCUGGAGGUUUGGCUUGGAUGGCUGCAGCUCUUCCAGAGAAGGCACUGCUGGAGGCUCGGCCUCAUUUCGCUGCUUUAUUUGGAGGCCAUCUCCUCCCCUCCAGCCUCGCCUCCACCCCUGGGAACAAUCCUGGGAGAAUCCCUUUCCUUGGAGCUGGAUUGUCCCUCUGGUGAUCCCUGGAGCAGGAGGCGGGGUGGGGGCUUCUUGUUGUGACCCCAGCCCGGAGGAAGCUCUGCCCCCUCCCUGCCCUCCUCCAUCCCCUCUGGCUCGCUUGGGGAUGCGCUGGAAGCGCCUGUGCGAGGUCAUUCCCAUCCCUGGGAGCGCAGAGGAUGUUUGUUUUCUUUGGGAAAGGCUGGCUCUGGCUGGGUUCUCCUCCCCUUUCCCGUCAGGAACGCACAGCGGAAUCUCCCGUGCCUUGUCCGAGCACUGCCUGCAGCACCUCCUGCCACGCCAGGGCCCAGAUCUUUGCCGAGAUUUAAGUGUUCCUUAAACCACACCGCAAACCAAGUGUCUUGGCUUCGCCCCCCGGCACCGCCUCGCCCUCCCCGGGGCGAAGGAAAGGUCCUUAAAUCCCAAAAAUCCCAAAUAUCCCCAGUGUCCCACCCUGGUGCUGGCGAGCUGGGCUUUGUUCACUGCCAACAGCGAGAAGGAAUUGCCACCACUGCCCGUCCCCAGUGCAAAUUCAGUGUCCACCCCAUGCCCAGCUCCUCCUUCCCUCCCUCCCCCCAAAAAAAUAACCCAGGGGAGCGAGGGGAUCUUGGGUUAAACACCGGGAAAUACAAAACAAAACAAAAAAAACCCAAAUAAGGGGUGGUUGUGGGGUUUUGGUUCUGUGCUAAAGGUGACGUUGCUUAAAAAAACAAAAAACAAAAAAAAAAAAAUUUCAUUUUUUUUCUAUUUUAAAUACAUGCAAAAAAACCAAAAAAAAAAAAAUAUAUAUGGUGUUCUUACAAGCUUACAUAAAUAUUUAUUAAAUACUUUUUUGGGGGGGAUGCACCGAUUUUUUUUUUUUUUCUUUUGAUAUUUUUUUAAUACCUCAGACCUGUUGAAAAAAAGAAAUAAAUAAAAAAAAAAAAUAAAGACUCAAACCAACAACAACUUCAAGCCAACUUUGGAGGCUCUCAAAGUCACUCCCAGAAAUCUGUGACUGGCAGGGUUUGCCACAAAGGGUCUGGUCGUUCCUUUAGUUUGCUCUAUUUUUGUCGUUCUAGUUUCCAUUUUAGGAGUGGGGGGAGGGAGAAAUAAUGCUAUAUAAAUAUUAUGCAAAAAAAAAAAAAAAAAAAGAAGAAAAAAAAAAGAAAAAGAAAAAAAUUCUAGUUUUCUUUAGCUCAGAAACUGAUAUUUUUACGUCAGCCAUAUGUAUUUUGUUUAAAGAAAAAAAAGAAAAUAAAGAAAUCUCCAGUCCCGCCACUGUGUGAGGGCAGUUGCAAGGGACACUUUAAUUAAUUCCGUGGAUUAAUUAAUUCAGCCAUCGGAUGCCAGUCAGCUUCCUUUUCUCUGAGCAGCCAUCUUUCUACUAGAUGUGAGUUGGAUGACACAAAUGGGGUUUUUUUAUAUAAAUAUCUAUAAAUUUUGUUGGUGUAUGGCUGGUUGCUUCAAGUAUAAAUGUUUCUUGUGCACAUUUCCUGUAAAGUUACUCUUUUUUUUUUUGUUGUUUUUUGGGUUAAGUUUCAGUGAUAUCCUGGCAGCAGCUGACUCUUGGCUUAAGUUAUUGAGGACAUUACACAAAAAAAAAAAGGAAAAAAAAAAGAGAUUUGGGGGAGAUUGGUGCUCCAAAAAAACAAAAAGGCAUGGUCAGCAGCGGCACGGACUUUUGGGGACUCUCUGCAACAUGCCUUGACUAGGGGGAGAUAUAAAUAUAUAUAUAAAUAUAUAUUAUUAUGAAUAUUUCUGGGUUUUUUUUUUUUCCUGCUUUGUUUGAACUGCCACGAGUGCGUGCACGGAGCAGGGGAGGGACAAAGCGCCAUGCCCGCCAGGAAGCAAAGCCACCCCCCUCCCCUCCUCGUUGUGAUCCAUGUUCAACUUACCUUGGAAUGCUUUGUUAUUAAAACACUCUGAACAUCCUUCUGCAUCCGGUUCUUCAUCCCAGCAGGGCCCCUCAGUGGAUUUUCCGUGGAUUUUCCGUGGAAUUGGCGGAUUGGUACCAAAGACAUCCCUGGUUUGCUGGCCAGGCAGCUCUUGAGGCGUUUUCUCCUGCUGAGGUUUCUAUGAUUUGCACAGGGUGUGGGGAGGGAGGUUAAUUUCAGGUUUUAUUUCCUUUUUUCCCCCCUGAAAAGUUUUUUCCGUGCAAUAAAGCUUCCGAGUGAAAUUUCCCCACCGAUCUCAAGAAGGAAACAAACUAAACCACAUUUUAGCAUGGGCGGCCUUCGUGGCUUUUCCCACCCGCCGGGCCUGGAGGGCUCAGCCCCUCUCUGAGGGUGACCUGAGGGGAAGGCUGGUUAAAAAAAAACCCCAUCCCAAAUUCAGGGGGGCAUCCCCAAGGUGCCAGCUCAGCUCCUGUCACCCUCUGGGACCGCAGACCCCAAAUCCCUGCAGGGUUUUUGUCCCUCUGAGGGGACACCUGGACCUGCAUCGCUUCUGCUCUGUCCCAAAUCCCUCAUGGAGCCCCCAAAACGCCCCCCUGCACCCCCAGAUCUCCCCAUGGGGCACAGGGAUGUGGAGGAAGCUUUUUCCUGCUCCUUUUCCACCCAAACUGGGGGAUUUUGGCACCUCUUCCUCUCCAGCAUUCCCCCUUCAUCCCCAACUCUGCGCUGUCCCGCUCCCCAAAUCCCUCAAUUUUCAUCCAGCAAAGCCCAUGGCUAAAACUGCCUUUAGUUUCUUUCCUCCCCUUCAAUAAAUAUAUAUAUAUAUACAGUCUGAACUCAACAUUUAUGUGUGUGUAUAUAUAUUUAUCCAAUGCUCUCACAAAACAAAAAAACUUUCUUUUGAAGAGGGCACGUGGAGCUGAGUUUUUCUUUUUUUUUUUUUUUUCCAGUAACUCAGUAUAAUAAGCACUGGUAUUUUUAUAUAAAAAAUGGGAGGAAAAAGAAAAAAAAAAACAAACCAAAAUACAAAACAAAA